AUGCCAUAGUUAUAUUCCGUGCUCUUCUUUACUUCCAGAUGCGAAUUCCUGUUGGCAAUGUUCCCCAAAUUUGGGGGCAAUCUUUAUACAUUCUCUCGGGCCUUUUGGAUAACCACUUACUCCUGCCAGGAGAGAUAGAUCCGCUCGGUAAACGAAUGGUUGCCGAACCUAAACCUGACUUAAGUGUUCAAGUAGUUGUUGUUGCUGAGGAUGAAUCGAUCAAGCAGCGUCUUUAUGAAUAUGGUCUUGAUGUUGAAACCUUCAAUGAAAUAUACCAAGUCUCCGGUAUUCGAAUAUUCCCCGCUAAAGUGCUUAAUCAUCUCUAUAAGCACCUCGCUUUUGGUUUGGCCUGA